CAUCCCCUACCUUCAAACAUAGAAAUGUUAUAUAGCUUUCUUCUCCCUCUUGUCCUUCAUUUGUAGUUUAGGAUUCACAGAAUUCUAGUGAGUGAGCUGAUUCAUAGUUUUAAAGUGAGCUAUUGCAAAUACGGAUUCAUAAAGUGCAACAAAAUGAUGCUUCGGUGUGGAGCUAAAGCCUUCACUUUGAUGCUGCUCGUUUCUGUUAUAAGUGCACAUGACAUUGGCUUACCCAGAAGAUGGCUUCGAAACCGUGAAUCACGUUUUUUCAAUCCAGUGAGAGCAGUGCGUGAUUGGUUCCAUGGUCCAAGCCCUAGUGCAGCGGAUCCUCUAGCCAACCUAGGAAAGUACCCAGUAUGGAAGGUGCACAAGUACAAUGGAAUAUCAAUAAAACCAGUUCAUGUGAUCGAUGUAGCUGCUCUACCUCAGAGGAACAGUAAUCCUCCAGCUGUAGUCAAUGUUCCCCAGCCUCUAGCGCCUCCCUCAAACACAUACGACCCACCAAGGAACGAGUAUAGUCCGCCUGUGAACGAAUAUGGACCACCUAUCAACGAAUUUGGACCCUCCUCUUCUGGACAGGUCUCUUUUGAUAAAGACCAGCAAAAUGGAGGUGACGGCCAAGACAGUGCAGCUGCACUAUCAGCCCUUGAUAAUCUUGGCUCUCUUGUGAAUCUUCUUCCAGGCUCAGAAGGUGGAUCAUCAGGAGGCCUUGACUUGUCCAAGUUAGCUGGAAUAGCCAGUCAACUGCCACCAGAAGCCGUUGAGAAGCUUCAAUCAAUCCUUGGCAUCUAUAAUGCCAGAACCAAUCAGGAAAGAGUGAAUUCCCUCCUUGGGGCUGCUGUAGCAAAGACAAAACUCACUGCUGGUGCACUCCACUCUCUAUCAGGCUUCGUUCAGGGUCUGAUAGGAGGAGCUGGUGGCUCCAAAGAUAUAGCCAUAGAGAGUGCCACUUACAAUACUGUACCAAAAGGAUACCCUGGUAAAAUUGGUGUUUUAAACAAUCUACCUAUUGUUGGUGGACCUAGCUCUGGAAUUCCUCUUCCAGAUCUACCACCACCUCCUACUCUCCCAGAUAUCCCAAUUUUGGAAAAAUUCAACAGUGAAAUCAAGGUUCCUUCAUUCCCUCAUAUUUAUCUUCCAACCAAAUUCGCUCUCGUUAACAAACCUGGAAAGGGAUAUGUGAGUUUCCAAGUGCCACCGGCAUACUCCAGCUACUCUCCUCCUGAACCGGCAAAAACUUAUGAAGCACCAAGGGACAAUGCGUUUGUACAAAGUACACCAAGUCCACAGCCACCUGCAAGCUUUAACCAACCUCAACAGUCAUAUGCUCCACCAGUUGAUUCGUAUGGUGUUCCUCUACAAGCUUCUUAUUCAGUUCCUGCCCAGGACAGCAGUUUCCAGGCUUCAAACGACUUCUACACACACUCAGAGCCAUCAGCAUACCAGCCAGACUCAUACAACCAGGACGAAUUCUACCCAUUCCAACCCGGUCAUAACGAUAUCCAGGCUGCUCCAUCCAACAAGCAUGAGACAGUUGCCUUCCCACAGGAACAGAGCGCUAGCUACUCUCAAGUUGCCAUGCAGAGAGGGUCUCAACCAGCAAAUAGCAUUCUCUCUCAACAACCCAGCUCCGAGCUCGCUAUGUACCUGGACCCAAGUCACCCUGCUUCUACACAGAAUCUGUCACAAGAAAAGUUCGCUGAGCUUCAAAAGCAGAGGUCACAGCAACAAGAACAGGAUCAAUCACAAACAAUUGGCGGUGAGUUGCAGAGUGCAAGUGACGUGCAACCAUCAGUUGUGAGAGCCGAAAACACAGAAAAUAGUCAACUUUCAAAGCUGAGCCAACAUCGAUUUCAGCCUAAGAAUCCUAGAACGUGAUUGAAAAUAUGAUAGGAUAAUUUCUCCAAAUCAAGAAAUGCAAUUAAGCCAGCGUUUCUUCAAAGUGUACGUCUCAUUAUGAGACAAGAGUGGUAUUUUAUGUCAAUUUGCUUAAUGACAUUAAUCUUUAACAUUAUUGUUAUUUAUAUUAUAUCAUGCUAAUUUAUUGAUUUUAUACUUUUAGAGUCCCCAGUGAAUGUGGAUAAGUAGUGUUACUAUAGUCAAAGCGUUUGUGGGAUUGCGAUUCUCCAAGUAUGACUUCUUAAGAAUUUUUAAAUGGGAAAUAUUGUUGAUAAAUAUUUGUAUGAUAAAUUCUCAAAUAAGUGUAUAAUUUUGUCAUUCGGCCUGGAGUUUUAGUGAUUCAUUCUUUAGGAAAUCCUUAUCUCAUCCGGUUCUCCAAUUAGUCGGUUUGUAAAAUUGUCAUUUUUAUCUUAUCUUUACCUUAAAAUUAAACAUGAAUUUAUAUUGGUAAUAUUCGAUCAUUCUUAUGAGUGUGCUCCUUCAUGGGAUUUCAACUCAAUAAUUGAAAAAAAAACAUCAAGCGAUAUUACCUGUAAUAAGUAGAGUGAAUAAAUUCUGUCAUAAGUGAUAAGUGAUGUAUCGAAUGAUAUUUCACACCAACAAUAAUAUGGAUUAAUGAUA